AUGGAUAAUCUAUUAUUUUGGAAUGCUAGAGGUGCUGGGGGUGAUGACUUUCGUUCUGCUAUUUCAGAUUUGGUCAAAAUGAAUAAUGUCGAUUUUCUUAUUAUAUGUGAGCCAAGAGUUCAGUUUAUAAAAGCGAAGAAGCACCUUCUUGGAUUGGGUUUCAAUGAAUUUGAGAUCAAGGAGGCUAAUGGUUUUUCUGGUGGGAUUUGGAUGGUCUGGAAUAACUCCAAGUUCAAAGUUGAGGUUAUUGAUUCUAACUCUCAAUCCAUAACUGUUAAAAUUUCUUGGUGUGGGUUGAGGAGUUGGAUGUUAACUGGAAUUUAUGCUAGUCCCUGUAUUACUACGAGACAAGGUCUAUGGCAUUAUUUAACUCAUAUUCAUACUGCAUAUCAGUUACCUUGGGUUGUAGUUGGCGAUUGCAAUGAACUUUUAUCCUUCUCUGACAAAAAUGGUGGGUCUUAUAUUGGAAAGUUUGGAGGCAUGAAGACUUGGGUUCAGCAGGAUGGUAUGAUUGAUUUAGGCUACCAUGGGGCAGAUUAUACUUGGUCAGGUGGCACAGUUAAAGAGAGAUUGGAUAGGGGCUUUUGUAACAGUGAUUGGAGAUUAUUAUUCCCUGAAGCUAAAGUGCAACAUCUUGCUAAAAUGAAGUCUGACCACUGCCCAUUACUAUUGAGGCUUCAAAAUCAGUUUAGAAGCUGUAGAGUUGAUCCUCCCUUUCGAUUUUAUGCUAUGUGGAUGCAACACAGUCAUUAUAGUGAGUUUAUUGCUAAUACUUGGAAUGAGACUACAGGUGAGUUCAUGAGUAAAAUUAAACAUUUAGCAAUGAAUUUGGGAAAGUGGAACAGAGAAGUGUUUGGCAAUAUUUUCCAUCAGAAAAAAAGAUUGUUGGCUAGAAUUUGUGGUAUUCAGAAGCAAAGAUGUACUAAUGAUAAUCCCUUCUUGAUUGACCUGGAGAAAAAGCUUAUUCUGGAAUAUGAAGAUAUCAAAGAUCGUGAGGCUCUUUUAUGGAGACAAAAAUCUAGAGAGAAGUGGGUGCAAGGUGGGGAUAGGAAUACAAAAUUUUUCCACAUUACCACAAUGGUUAGAAGAAGAAAAAAAUAG